AUGGCUGUAGAUUCUAGGGUUGGUGUUCUGGUCAGGAAGUCUAAUGGUUGCAAUACAUUGACUUUACUCUUUCUAAUUGUUUCUUGUUCAAAAAAAAUAUCCUAUCUACACGGAGAUGUUCAAAGACCAAGUUCCAAUAUGAGAAGGAAAGCAGUUAUAAAAUUCCAUAAAUUCUAUCUUCACGGGGGUGUUAUGAAGUGUUCGGAAGUUGGAAUUGAAACUUCUUUAUAUCUAAAGAUCACAUACUAUUGCGAUUGGAGUGCAUUUGCAAAUUUGGCCCUCCAAUAUGUAUGGGGAUUUUGA